UCUACAAGCUACACCGGUCCAUUCGCUUAUUCACAAUCCCAACGCACGAGAGCAGUUUCACUCCUCCCAACGACGACGAAGCCUUCGCGAAGACGACGAUCGACGAUCGACGAUCGCCUCAGCACAAAAACAGGGAGCUACUGUCAAAACACACCACUACGUUUGCGAUAGGAAGCAGAAACCCUACACCGCAGACCAGUUUCGACCACGACAACCCAAAAAAAUGGUGAACAAGGGCAAACAACUAGUGACGAAGAGCAAACAGACAGCGCCGAAUGACAAAAAGAGAAAGACAUUAGAACAAGGAGAAUCAUCAAAGCCAAAACAACAACGGAAACAACUAGCAUUGGCAUUCCGUGAUAGAAUGGAAACAGAAAUACAAGAGCAAGUUACUGGUGACAGCUCUGAUAAUGAGGUUCAAGAUGAAGAAACAGAGCUAAAGAUACGGCCACUGCCCACACAGCUAAUGAGACCAAUUGAAUCACUGACCAGAUCCCAACGCAGAAGUGUAGAAGAAAUUGGGCUAGGAAGGAUACUUGAUCUCAACAUCACCAACCUGCCAAGGAAGAUGGGGAUGUGGCUAGUUGAAAGCUAUGACUCUAGGAGCAACACACUGAAUCUACCAUCUGGUGAAAGGCUCCCAAUCACAGAAAAUGAUAUUGCUGCCACCUUGGGACUGCCACUUGGAGACAUAGAAAUCACUAAGAGGGAAUCCAAACAGGUAUCUGAUCUCCUAGCAGAAUGGAGAAAAAUCUUUGGGAAGGUUACUGGCCACAUCACCCCCCAUACCAUGGCUGAAAAGAUGCUAACAUUAAAAGCUGCUGACCCUUGGUUCAAGAGGCAUUUUGCACUGCUUGUCAUGAGUGUGUUGGUUGAACCACAAGUUAAUGGUUAUGUCAACCAAAACUACAUCGACAACCUUCUUAAUGUACACAACAUCAAGAGACUUAAUUGGUGCAGAAUGCUCAUCAACUCACUCAUUGCCAGCAAGCAGGCAUGGCUUGACAGCGCUGAUGGGAGAUAUGGAGGCCCAAUUGUUUUCCUAACGGUAUUCUAUGUUGACCGUGUUGUUCUAUACCGGAGGACUAUCCCACGGAGCUUCCCUGCAAUGGCGAAUUGGACAUUUAAGUUGCUCCGUCAACGACAGCAAACUGAGAUCAAAUCUGGAGGCUUUGGGUAUGGGCGGGUUGAUGUUGCCUUGCCAGUUCAGAGCACACCAUGCAGUGACCGGAACCCCAGCAUAGGACAGUCUGAUGUACCACCACAACCACCAUCAUGUGAAGAAGAUGCACCACUUCCCCAUGGAUUACAGGAGUUUAUUGAUGAGGUUACUACCAACACAAGGACGAUUGCAAAGAGUUUACUGAGGAUUUCAAGACUGAUUGAAAAUGCACCUGCAACGGUAUUGGAGCAUGACACCUUCAAGCAGAUGUUUGAGUCUGCUAGACAGAUGCUUGGAUUUAAAGCGCAAGAAGAUGGACAACUGACAUUUACCCAGCAAGAGGAUGCCUAUUGGAGUGACCCAGAGUUCUUGAAAGCGGUUGAUGAAAUCGUCCGUGCAGUAAACAAGAGGACAUUUCUAAAUCAUAUGCCAACUUUCAGCUUGGGAUUGUCACAAGAGGGAACAAGUAGAGACACGCCAACUAUGAAUGCUAAUGCACAAGACUACCAGGACAAUGAUGAAGCUCCAGAAAAUGAAGACGUCCAAUUGGAUGGGCUAGAUGGUCAAACAACAGAGAAAGCUCAAGAAGACACCGAGAACAUAACCAAGGCCGCCAAUCAAGAAUGUGUGCAAGAAGCUGAACAAGUGAACAUAAAUGAUGAGAUCACACCAGUAGGACAAGGCCAGGAGGCCCCUGGUUCAGAUCCACCACACCCACCACAACCAGCAGACAAGGGCAAAGGACCAGCUAGAGUAAACAGCCCAAUUAGACCAAGACCAUCCUCAUACGUACUUGAUCUGGACCAACCAAUAUCUCCAACAGAAGAAGCAAUCAGGAAAUGGGUAUUGGACAACCCUAACCCAGAUCUGACACAAGAACUAUUCAAGUAUGACGGAAGAGUAAUCUACUGGAAAGAUAUGCUGACAAUGAAGCCAGAUACAAAUAUUGCAGUCUCUAUAAUUGAUGCUUGGUCAGUCAUACUCAACAUUCGUGAAUCAGAGAGGGGUUGUACAAAAUUCAUUGCUUCAACAUGGUCAACUCUAUACACAGUUGUGGACCCACAAGGAGAUGAGGAUGUGAGGUUUGGAAGAUUCAAAGCAAAGUACCUUGAGGACAAGACCAUAGUGGCAGACGUUAUGUGGCACAAAAUUCUAUAUUUUCUGUUUCCAAUAGUGGCAUCCAACCACUACUACCUGAUGUCUAUUAGCCCGCUGAUGGAAAGGUACGACAUCAUUGACAACUCAUCAGUGACUGUGAAGAAGGAAAACAAGUAUGGAUAUGUGAUUGCGAAUCUGCAAAAAUUCUUUUCAAAAUUCUUGUUUGAUAUGAAAACCACGUACAAAGCUGAGAAAGUUCAGAAACUGAAAUCUAAAAUAAUGAAAAUGCCUUGGAGAGAUGCCCAGAACAAGAUGGAUUGUGGCAUUUUUCUCAUGCGCCACUUGGAGACUUUUCGAGGACAGACACAAGCAGAAUGGCAAUGUGGAUUGCAUAAGAACAACAAGGACCAAUUGAACAAACUAAGAGUGCGAUACUUGGCUGCCAUGAUCAUGUCAGAUGUAAACGAGCACAAAGAAAGGAACAUCCAACAGGCAGCAGAGUUUGGUAUUUGA